AUGCCGAAAGAGGCCCCUGAAGAAGAAGAGCAAGAGGUUGAGUAUGAAGAAGAGGAAAAGCCCAGGCCAAAACUGACUGCUCCUAAAAUACCAGAGGGUGAGAAAGUAGACUUUGAUGACAUCCAAAAGAAGAGGCAGAACAAAGACCUGAUUGAACUGCAAGCCUUGAUUGACAAUCACUUCGAGGGCAGGAAGAAGGAAGAGGAGGAACUGCUUGCCCUGAAGGAAAGAAUUGAGAAACGCAGAGCCGAAAGGGCAGAACAACAAAGAAUCCGGGCUGAGAAUGAGAAGGAGCGUCAGGUCAGGCUUGCGGAGGAGAAGGUAAGAAGAGAGGAAGAAGAUGCUAAGAGAAGAGCUGAGGAUGACCUGAAGAAAAAGAAGGCUCUGACCUCCAUGGGUGCCACAUACAGCAGCUAUUUGGCAAAGGCUGACCAGAAGAGAGGAAAGAAGCAGACUGCUAGGGAAAUGAAGAAGAAGAUCUUGGCAGAGAGGCGCAAAACACUAAACAUUGACCACCUGAAUGAAGACAAGCUGAGGGAUAAGGCCAAGGAACUGUGGGAUUGGUUAUACCAGCUGGAAACUGAAAAAUAUGAAUUUGGAGAGAAGAUGAAGAGUCAAAAAUAUGAGAUCACCACCCUCAGGAACCGGAUUGAUCAGGCCCAGAAGCAGCAUGCAUCUGUUUCACAGCAGGAGGCAGCAAGAAAGCAGGAGCCAAGGGCAAAGUUGGAGGGCGUUGGAAGUAAAGAAACAAGAGGUGACUGCAGGCAGGAUCAUCCCCGGUGGUGUGGCUAAACAUUGCUAGCCUCCCCCUAACCCCUUCACAAAUCAAUUUCACUCCCAUGCUUGAGCAAAACUACAACACCAGCCUGGAUUGCCUACUCCUUUUUUAAGGACUCCAGCAGUGUCCUGAACCAAAAGGAAGGAGGUUCCCGUGGAACAGAGAUGACUCCCUGCUGGCACCUUUCCUGCUUCAUGUGCCCUUUGUUUUCCUGAUGCCCGCCUUCUGCUCCGUAGAUUGCUAUGUAUGACUCUCUGGAUUUUGUAAAUAAAGUGUGAUCGAUACCUUCUUCAAUUAUA